UUACACACGACAAUUUUACUUGCUUACGACCAGCUAACAUCAGUUUAAAGUUAAAAGCCAAAACGAACACACAAUGAGUGAACACAGUUGGUCGCACUACAGCCACGGCGCUGUGCCACAGGGGGCCAUUGUGGCUGGUCAUGAUUCAGAUGGCGAUACUAUUUACGUUGGACGCGCAUUCUAUAACAAUGAUCUGCUGCCCGCUAAGGUGAUCCCCAAUAAGGGUAAGGCUUAUGUCGCCUACGCCCGCGAAGAGGUUGAAUUGGAAAGCUACGAAGUGCUAAGUGGACACAACUAUGUAUGGCUACCGGCUGAGAAUGGUGAAGUUCCUCACGGAGCUGUGCGUGUGGGACGCAAUGUCGAUGGUGAGGAUCUGUAUGCCGGACGUGGCUAUCACGCUGGUGCUUUGACCGUGGGCAAGGUGCACCCAUCUCACGGUUGCCUCUACAUUCCCUACGAUUCCGAUGAGGUUAAGAUCUUUGCCUAUGAGGUGCUCUCGCGUCGCAUGGAGGCUAGAUAAGUUUGCAAAUCUUUAUAUACCUUCAAAUUGUUGUGACAAAUAAAUUGACAUAUUUUUUUUCUAUAA